AUGUGCUUCUGGAUAUUGUACCCGGCCUCACAUCCCGUACAUGGAGUUUGUAUCUCGUACAAGUUCCGAAACACGAGCCUUCUGACCUGGGCUGAUGUUGUGCUGCGGCGCCAUGGCGGCCGCCCCGCGACGCAUACCAUUUUCCCAUUUCUCGUGUUCAAUAUGAGCGUUCGGUCGAGAAACCGCCGCGUGAGCAUGCUCAGCGCAACGAGAAAGAAUUUCCGCAAGGUAGAGUGCAUUGUACAGUCGCUGACUGCAGGCCGGUUAGCAGCGGCCAGGGCGGAAUUGGAGAGCUUGGGCAAGACUACUGACGAUGAUGUAAAGGAGCUCAUCAGAAGUCUUUCGCUGUAUGGUUAUCGGCAGCCCAUGUCUAGGGAGCUCCGUCUGAGCAUGCGGCGCAAAAUCCAAUCACUCAUUGUGUGCCAUGGCGUGCCUGCGAUUUGGUUCACGCUCAACCCAAACGAUAUCACCAGCCCGGUGAAGCUGCGACUGGCGGCAUACCGCACACACGACCCCGAAGCAGCCGAGGUUUUUCUGAAAAGCCUCGACACGGCGUUCAAACGUACGCGGUUGGCCAUCUCGGACCCCUUGAGCUCGGCCAUAUUCUUCCACCAAGAAAUGACGUUGUUCUUCGAACAUUAUGUAAGAGUGGGAGAGGAGUCGGUAUUGGGGCGCAUCAGCCACUACUAUGGUGCCGUGGAGACCAACGAGCGAGGGGCGCUUCAUGUUCAUGGACUGCUCUGGCUGCACGGAAACGCGCAUCUGAGUUCGAUGCUUGCCGACAUCGACGGCGAGGACCAAUCACCUUGUCACCACAGAUAUAUAAUUGGUCUACGGGAGUGGAAGGGCGGGGUUGACAGAAGAGGCAAAUGA